AUGGAUGAAACGCUUUUUCUGCUGUCGGGUGAGGAGAGAACCAAGGCUGCUAAAUCUAGUAGACGUCUUGAAAAUACUCCAGCUGUAGUAUCACGUGGAUGGCAGUUUGCGUUUGCGGCACUGCUGCUUAUUUGCUCGUACGUGAUCUUUGUUUGCCUUUGUUUGUCUUUUUCCUUCUUCCCGCAAGUGGCCGCCCGUAAGAAAGGAUCAAGUGCAGACACGGAGGUUGGUGUGUACAUAGGCGGCAAUCAGUUGGCUGUAUGCAUUGGUUCAUUUAUCUCUGGAGCGUACAUGAACAAGAUCGGUGUGAAGUUUCUUCUCCUAUCCGGGAGUUUUCUUGUUGCGGGCUCUAGCGUAAUUUUUGGAUUUGUUGAUGAUAUAAGUUUAUGGAAACCAUUUAUUGGGCUCAGCACAGUCAUCUAUUUUGUGAUGGGAUGUGGACAAGCUGCUUUUCGUACAACUUGUACAACUGUGUUUGUGAGGAUGUUUCCUACACGCAUUGCAACAGCCUGGUCUGUGGUAUCGCUCACUCUUGGACUUGGUUUUCUUACUAGUCCACCACUUGGAGGAUUGUUGUAUGAUAGUGAGGGUUUCGCCUUUCCUUAUGUUGUUUUUGGAAGUCUAUUGUUUUUAUUAAUUCCAUUCUUCCUCAUCUUUCCUUCAGACACAUAUGUGGAAUCUGAACAAAGUUUUACUGUUAAUCAAACGCCCAUGUGGCGGCUGCUAAAAAUGAUGCCAGUACUGGUAGUCUGUGUGAACAGUUUUGUUGCAUAUGCAGCUAUGACACUUGUUCAGGUUUCUUUUCCUCUGUUUCUUUACAACACAUUUCACUGGAGAGCAAGUCAAAUUGGACUGGUGUUUCUCGUCUUUGGAAUAGCAUUUGUUGGAUCAUCAAUUGUUAUAGGUGUAGUGAUAGACGCCACUAAUCCACGAGUUGUAAUGAUUAUAGGACUACUGAUUGGAGGAUGUGGAAUGAUGUUGGUUGGUCCAUCGUUUGUAUUUUCAUUCUCACUUCAGCCUUGGCUUGUGUAUUUUUCAAUGGUAUUAAUUGGACUGGGAACGUGUUUAUGGAAUGCAGCAACAUAUUUCUCAGGAACGGUGGCUGGGCCUGUUGGUGGAGCUCUGACAGCUUCAUUUGGCUUUCGGUACUCUACAUCUUUCUUUGCAUUUGCCAUUGUUUGUGCAUUCAUUAUGACCAUUGUGAGUACUGUAGUCAAACUCUACCACUCUUGAUCUGAUGUCCUUUCUGAUGAAAGGAUUGUUAGACUACGCCUUGGGUAUAAUAUAUAGCGUUAUA